AUGUCGAAACCGGCAGGAUCCGAAGACGGGCGGCCGGGCGAGUCGAUCGACUUGACGCCGCAAGGCUCAGUGCACAAAAAUGACGGCCAUGGGCUGACCUCGACCAAGACGGCGAUGCUCAUCGCGACGACCAGCGAGCCCGUGCCAGCACUUGUUGGGGGCAAAGCGACAACGACGAUGCCGGCGCGAGGCUGGUUUCACUGGCACGAACCGGGCGCGUCGCGCGAGGAGAAGAAGCUAAUUCUGAAACUGGACUUUUUCCUCCUGACGUACAGCUGCCUCUCGUUUUUCAUCAAGCAGCUGGACGGGAAUAACGUGUCGAACGCGUACGUGUCGGGGAUGAAAGAAGACCUGGGGUUUGGGCCGGGCAACGAGCUCAGCUGGAUGAACACGUACUUCAACAUCGGGUCCAUCAUCGGCGGGCCCGUGUCGAAUUUGACGCUGACCAUGGUCCGGCCGCGGUACUGGCUGCCGGCAUGCCUGAUCAUCUGGUCGCUGUUCGUCUUGUUCCUGUACAAAUGCGAGACGGCCGGCCAGUUCUACGCGCUGCGCUUCUGCAUCGGAUUCAUGGAAUCGAGCACGUGGCCGGGGAUCCAGUAUGUUCUGGGCUGCUGGUACCGCAAAUCCGAGCUGGCGCGCCGGAGCGCCUUGUUCGUGGUGUCGGGCGUUUUUGGCCAGAUGUUCUCCGGGUACCUGCAGGCGGCGCUGUUCAGUGGCAUGGAAGGCAAGGGCGGGAUGCCGGCGUGGCGAUGGCUGUUCAUCUUCGACUUUAUCCUGGCCAUCCCCGUGGCCAUCUAUGGCUUCUUCUUCUUCCCCGACACGCCCGAGACCACGACGGCGUUCUACCUGACCGACUGGGAAAAGAAGCGGGCGGUGGAGCGCAUUGCCGACGAGGGCCGCACGCCCGCCGGCAAACUGGAUUGGACCGUGCUCAAGCGCAUCGCCCUGUCCUGGCAGACCUAUGCGUUCCCCUUGGCCUAUGCCUUCUGGGCCUUGACCUGUGGCAGCUACGUGCUGCAGUAUUUUGGCAUCUGGCUCAAGGCUCAGAAGAUCUACUCGGUCCCGCAAAUCAACAAUAUCCCCACCAGCAUGGGCGCCGUCAAUGCCGUCUUCAUGAUCGGCACGGGCUAUGUCUCGGACAAAUUGGGCAAAAGGUCCCCUGUUUGUUUUGUGGUCGGUUGUCUCUUGACUUUUUGUUACGUCGUCCAGACCGUGGCCGCCAGUGACACCGGCGUCCCGCGCGCCCUGAGAAUGGCCGUCUUCGUCCUCACGGGCUGUUAUGGCUGCUACACCCCGCUCCUGGCCGGCUGGUGCAAUGGUUCCUGCGGAGGCGAUCAGCAGCUCCGCGCUUUCGUCCUCGCUUUCAUGGUCAGUCUGGGCCAGGCCGUCGUCAUCCCUUUCCAGCAGUAUCAAAUGCCCAGUGGCCAGGCGCCCGAUUUCAAAAAGACCCAUGGCUGGCCCAGUUGUCUGGCUUGGGUGGUUGUCUUGACUUUAUUCACGGGCUUUGGCGUUAGUUUGAUCCAAAGGAUCUUUGAUGGCAAGAAUGCCAGGCCUGCUAGGACAAAGAGUGCCGAUCUCCAUCUCCCUGAAGAUGCUUGA